AUGUUGCAUCACCGGGUGCAGGCCGAGGCAGCCCAGGUACUCUCAGGCCACGCAUGCGCGCACUGCAGCGGCGAGGGUGCAGGAUUCCAAGGCGUCGCUAACGGAAUCCGGAAAUGGCAGAAAAGAGAAGCAGAUGACCACCAUGGACACCGGGCAGAGAAACAGCACCUUCAGCAGACCCAGGUCAUCACUUCCUAUGACAAUCAAGGGACACAGCUGACAGUGGAGGUCCACUCUCGAGACGCUACACCCCAGCUGCUAAAGAAGUUCACCUUGGCCAACCGUUUACAAGGUGAUAAAAAUGGAAACACAAGACCUCGGCAGCCUGGAGGGAAAGAUGCCCAUGCCUACCCCUGGGACCGGUCCAGCCUGAAAUCCAUGUCCCUGGAUGUGCGGCAGUUUGAGAAACUGGACACCUAUGCCUCUCAGGUGACGGUCAAGAGCGGCCUGGACGAGCUGGUGGACGAGCUGGUGCAGGAGGCCCAGAGUGACCUGGAGCGAGUCCGGGCCGUGUGGAUCUGGAUCUGCCACCACAUAGAGUACGACCUCCUGGCUGCCCAGCAGAAGGACCGGCAAGCCUUCAAGCCCACCGACAUCCUGCGGACCCAGAAGACCAACUGCGACGGCUACGCUGGCCUCUUUGAGAAAAUGUGCAGGAUCGCCGGCGUGCAGUGCCUGACGGUACCUGGCUACUCCAAGGGCUUUGGCUACCAGACAGGCCAGAGCUUCUCUGGGGAAUUUGACCACGCCUGGAACGCUGUGUACCUGGAGGGGAGGUGGCACCUGGUGGACAGCACCUGGGGCAGCGGCCUGGUGGACAAGACCACUUCCAAGUUCACCUUCCUCUACAACGAAUUCUACUUCCUCACGCACCCGGCUCUGUUCAUCGAGGACCACUUCCCGGACAACAAGAACUGGCAGCUGCUGAAGCCUGCGCAGUCCCUGCAGCAGUUUGAGAACAGCAUGUAUCACAAGAGUGAAUUCUACAACAAGGGAAUGCUGAGCGCCCACCCGGACACCCCCAUGAUCAGAACAGUGAACGGCAAGGCUACGGUCACCCUCGAGAGCUGUGCGCCCACGCUCUUCAUGUUCAUGCUCAACGGCAAGCAGGAGCACGGGCUGCUGAGCCUGCGAGAGAACGGCAUGAGGCUGGAGGUGUACCCCCCAACCACGGGCACCCACCAGCUGCAGAUCUUUGCCAAGGGCGGCUCCGAGAUCUACAGCGCUGUCCUGGAAUACACCCUCAAGUGCAACUACGUGGACUUAGGGGCCCAGCUGCCCUCUGAGCUGCACCAGCCCGUGGGCCCCAGCUGGUUCUCGGAGCAGAUGGGCAUCGUGAAGCCCUCGCACUCCCACCCCAUCAUCCACACCACCGACGGGCGCUGCGCCGUCAGCUUCGGCGUGGACGAGGGCGUCAGCGUCCUGGCCUCCCUGCACGGGGACGAGGGCCCCAUGACGGAGGAGAUGCAGAGGCGCUACAUCUUCCAGGUGCACCGAGAGAAGCGCACGGAGCUCAAGGUCCAGCUGCCCCGCGCAGGCAAGUUUGCCCUCAAGAUCUUUGUCAAGAAGAGGCAGGAGCCGGGCAACUACAUCUUUGUCUUCAAUUACCUCGUGUCCUGCACCAACACCAAAGUGAACUGGCCCAUGUUCCCCGAGAGCUUCGGCAACUGGGGGCCGGACAAUGAGCUGCUGGAGCCUCUGUCGGGCGUGCUGCCCGCCAACCGGAACGUCGCAUUCAAAUUGAAGCUGCACGGGAUCGCCAAGGCCCUGGUGAAAGGGCAGGACACGUGGCCCCUGACCCUGAACCGCGAGGGCUUCUGGGAGGGCAGCUGCAGCACAGCCGGCUGCCAAGAAGUCUACGUCAUGGUGCUGGAGAAUGCCAAUCACAACUUCUACUCCUACAUCCUCAAGUACCAAGUGAAUGCCCAGUGAGGAGCUGGGUUCCCAGUCGCCAGCCCCCGCCACACCCUCCCAGAGCCAAGGCCAGGCCUUCCCAGGGAGGGGACCCCCACCCCCAUCCCUGGAUACCCCUGAGUCUGCAUGAAUUCACUUCUAGGCCUCUGCCUCAGUCUCCCUGCCCCACUGCAGGUGCUGCACUGUGUGUCCCCAUGGCUGCAACGACUGAGGGGACAGAGGCAAAGGGCCUUUAGAAGAAAAAGGUGCUAUGUUAAUCCAAGGUAUUGUAAACUGUACGCCACUGCCCCCAUGGCCCUUCUUGUCUGGCUGCUGCUGUUGAGUUGAUGUGGGAACUGGAACGCAGGGAGAGGACCCAGGCUGAAAGCUAUUCCAGAGUUGGUGUGAGAAUUCUCCUUCCAGCCCAGAGGGCCAAGAUUUGCAUGCCUGAAUCAUCCCUGAAUCUCACUGCCCCUUUGAAAUCCCCAAGAGCUCUUGGGACUUGGGGAAGAAUGGGCUGUCCUCCCCAGUCCCUCGGCCUUCUUGGCCUUCAAGAGCCAUAGGAAGAAGGUGCGGGGAAGAAGCCCUCACACUGGCCCUGGACUGGAGGCUGAGGCUCCCCAGGCCCUGCUGCGAGCAAGCACAAGGUCCCUGGCCCGCUUGCACACUUGUGUGUGUGUGUGUUGGGGGUGGGUGUGGGUGAA